AUGGCGACAGGCCGCGAAGCUCGCGCAGAGCGUCUCAACGACCGACUCCGUGGCGCCCAACGCACCAACGUCGGUGACGAGUCCUUCAACCUAGACCUCGGCGACCUCGCUGCGUCAUCAUCCGCGCCACCCUCGACCUCGCCGCAGCAGCAGAGCUCCUCGCCAGCCAAGCGACGCAAGACGGCACACAAUGCAGCGCCGACGUCCUCGCCCGCGAACCACGCCGCCGGAGAACAACGGCAGCCACAACCGCAGAGGAGGUCCCCCCGGAAACGCGGUACGGACGACCUACCCAGCACAUCUAAGGAGUCAGAUGGCGCGGAGGCAAACGCGGCAUCGCGCACUACGCGGGCGCCCAGCGUCGCGGCACAGCGCAUCGUCAGCACGGUCCGGAGGGAACGGAGCGGCACACCGGCGGAAGCGACGGCGGCCACAGCACCAGGCGAGCUCGAGAGCCUGCCGCCGCCGCCGUCCAGCGUCCGAUCGAUACCCAGCGCCCGCCGGCCGGCAUCCAUCGUCGAGGAGAUCGGGGAGAGCCCGGAAAAUGCUCCCGGGAGCGGUCGGAGGACGAGCGUUCGCCCAGGCAGCGCGCUGGCAUCGAGCGCCAGGCUGCAGGCCACGCUACGGUCGGACCGGAACACGCCCAUGUCGUCGUCGCCGCUGGUGCGCAAGUCGCGUGCCAGCGAGGCCAGCGCCUCUGCGAGAGCUAGCCAGGCCACCCGCCGGACACCCGAGCAGCUUCCCGAGGAUGACAUCGACCAGGUGGACGAGCUGUCCCCCGCCGGGUCAUCGGCCCCCCCAGAGGGACAACAGCAACAACAACAACAACAACACCUCAGCCCAGAGGUGCCCAAGCAAGUAGAGCUACCGGAAGAAGAAGAAGAAGAAGAAGAAGAAGAGCAGGCAGAGACUAUUGGAGAGAUCGAGGCAGCGCGAACAUUGGGCACGAAGCGACCGAGGACGGCACCGUCACCGCAGUUGGGCGAGAACGAAGACCAAGAGACGGAUAUGCGCGAGCAGCAGCCGAGUCGGAAGAGAGGUCGACCGAGCAAGAGCCCCGCAACGCAGAAACAGGGGAAGCCAAAGCCGGCGACGGCAGCAUCAGCACCAAAACCAUACCCUCUUCCCAGACCUAGGGCUCAGCCCAGACCAGCUCCAGUGCCCAGACCCAGACGACCGAGGCAGCCCAGCACAGACGAAGACGACGAAGACGAAACCCAGGAGGAUAGCAUCGACGACGGCGCCGGGGCCAUUGCGCUCACCGUGCAGCGGUUCGUCAACCACCGCAGACACGGCGGCGGCGACGACGACGACGACGCCGACCCCCUCCAGCUCGAUAUGCCGUUUGCCAACCGCACUCAGGAGACGCCCGUCGACGUCUUCGCCCAGGUGUGCGACGAGGUCAUCGCCAACACGCUGGACCAGUUCCACGACGCGCUGGACAAGGCGACCGACGCCGGGAGGAAGAAGGAGCUGCGGGCCAAGGUCCGAGCCGUCGAGUCCUACAGGGAAGUUGUGGGGUCACGUCUGCUACAGCAUGCUAUACAUUUGAACCAUUGGCACUCGCUGAGGAAGCGUGUGCGUCACGCGCAGAAGGAAAAGCUGGCACUCAGAGAGGAGAUCCUACGUCUCAAGGGAGAGAGGGAGCAGGUGGCCCUCCGGAUGGACGGUGUGCGGGCCAAGCACGAGUCCGACACCAAGGAUGCGAAUUUCCUGCUGAAUACGUCGACCACGAUGCGGGACAUUGAUCUGGCCGUAUCCCACGGUAGAGAAGCACCGGAGCUGCCGGAACGACAGCAGAAGGAGGCUGAGCUGGCCAACCUUGAGCUCGCGGUGGCACAGGUAGCCGACCAGGUGAGCUCUGCGAGUCCCCGAGGCGGUCUGCUAGGCCAGCUCAAGGAUUUCAAUGCACCCUGCUCCUUCUGUCUCUGGUCAAACAUCAUCUUCUCGACCAUGCCGCGCGUCUCGCCGUCCAGGUCAGACAGCUUGGACGACUCAGGCUGA